CGCAGUACUCCUCUGCGUAUCACAAAUGUGCCACUCAUGGAAUCCAGCGUCAUGUACACCUGCCGGAGUUAACCUUCCCUGGAGCGUGUGAGUUGGGUGCCUCCUCCUCCUCCUCCUCCUCCUCCUCGUCCUCCUCCAACGACAACAGAAAAGCAUUAUUAGCCCGGGUCUCUCAUCGAACACCGCAUCCAUGCUGAUGUAGAUUUUGCCUUCUUCCAGAACCCAAAUGCAUCCAUCAUGGCUAACAUCCUAACCAUGAGCGUAAAAGGGUUUUUACAAUGACCAGCAGCUUACAGCUUCCCCCCAAAGCUCUCCUUAAGGGCGCAUCCAAAUCACAGUCGCCAUGCCAUAUGCACGCGCCCAAGCAACAAAAUCCUAUUCAGCUGCGUCUUAAAGGAAAGGGUGCUAAUAACGUAGACGAUAUCGAUCUGAAGGUCUACGACUCAGACGGAAAAGAACCUGAACCAGUGCUGAAGCGGGUCUUAGUGCACCGGUUGCUCCAGCGUUGCAUCGAGUACUCGACGGAUAAGAAGCGCGAGGCUCCAUUCGGGGGAAAGUCUUGGGGUGCAUGCGCAGCGAGUGGGAAGCUCACUAUCUUCUACAGUGUCACUCAACCUGUUGCAUCAAAUUUGCAAGAGAGAAAGCAGAAGAAGAUCAAGGAGGACAACUGCAGCAGGGAUGAUGAAGACACACCACGCAGGGAGGCUUGUCCUCCGUGA